ACAGCACGUGAUCAGGUUCAAAGUUGAAAGUCAAAUAGCACUGCAGCUCGUCAGCAUGGCGGUCCGGGUGGGAUGCAGACACCUAUUGCAAGCCUUCCGCGUGCAGGCAGCUGAUCGGGACAGCGCGUGCAGACUGGCAGCGUCGCUCGCCUGCUCUAGGCAGUAUAUUCUUUCCAGAAAAGUGUCGCCCUCUCGUCUGAACGGUCCGGGAACAGUGACACGACACUACAGCUCUGACUCGAAGGACGACCUGCGCGUCAGAUACCUGGACGGAGAAGACGACGGUAUUGUUGUCGUUGGGAUAAAUCGACCAAAAGCCAAAAAUGCUAUAAGCAAAAAUCUGGUCAAAAUGAUGUUUGAGACUGUGGAGGAUAUCAAGAAGAAUAAUAAAGUGCGCAGCGUCAUUUUAUGCAGUUUGGUUCCUGGUAUCUUCUGUGCAGGUGCAGACCUGAAGGAGAGGGCCAAGAUGCACCAGAGUGAAGUGGGACCAUUUGUGUCCAGAGCAAGAGCGCUCAUCACAGAGCUGGGUAAUUUGCCGAUACCAACAAUUGCUGCAAUUGAUGGAGCUGCCUUAGGAGGAGGCUUGGAAAUGGCUCUAGCUUGCGACAUCAGAAUUGCCUCCAAUACUGCUAAAAUGGGACUAGUUGAAACUAAACUUGCCAUUAUCCCUGGAGCAGGUGGUACACAGCGUCUCCCCAGGGUGAUUGGUGUCUCUCUUGCUAAGGAGCUUAUCUUUGCAGCUCGGGUGGUGGAUGGAACAGAGGCAUGUCGUCUGGGUCUUGUCAGUUGUUCUGUGGAGCAGAAUAAGAGUGGAGAUGCUGCCUACCUGCAGGCUCUGGAGCUCGCCCGGGAGAUCAACCCUCAGGGCCCCAUUGCAAUAAGGAUGGCAAAACUAGCAAUCAACCAGGGGAUAGAGGUGGACUUAUCUACAGGUCUGGCCAUUGAAGAAGCAUGCUAUGCCCAGGUGAUACCAACUAAAGAUCGAUUGGAGGGUUUGGCUGCAUUCAAGGAGAAGAGGCGUCCUCACUACAAGGGGGAGUGAGACAAAACUACUUACAGAAGCAAUUACAUGCCUUCAGUUCUCCUAAUGUUCCACUGCUUCCAACAUAUUAAUGGGUGAAACUGUACACGUUGACACAUUAACCUGUACAGUAUCCAGGGGACGUCUGCUUGACCACAGGACAUUAGGGUUGAUCCUGGCUGGUGUUUUUUGAGAGUGACUUGAACAUUCAAGUGUAAAGCCCUUGCUGGGCAUGUCAACUAUCACUUAAGCAUUCGGAGAACCAAGUGAAUUAACCAAGCAUUGGCCUCUGCUUACAAUAUGUGAACUUAAAAUGGGUAUGACAGUCUGUAACAGUAGCCUCCUUGACUAGUGAACCAAUCCAAGAACUACUGACAUUGUCCUAAAUUUCUGUGAAUGCUGCACAGGAAUGAUGCAUCAGAAGUUUGCUUGCUUUCUUACCUUGGUAGAAGUGUACUGUUGUGUUCAUAGCACUGAAUAACAGCAGAGGUGUUUGCAUGAAAACCUUGAACAGACUGGUUUUUCCCUCUUUGAACAAUGUCCAGAGGGUGGUGUUUUGGAAUUGACACUUAUUUGUCAAUUGUGUCAGAUUUGACAAUUUCUGACUUUGGCACCAACCUGUGGCAGUAACAAAAAAGACACUGUGACUCAGUAAACUGGCUAAUAAACAACACAUAAAUCUAAAUCAAGUAUCAGCAGAUUUUUUUUAGUGUUUCUUCAAAUUAGAACUUAUUCUAUUAACAUGCUAUAGAUGACACCAAAACUUUCUAUACAUACUGGCUUUUAGCACCACUAAGCACUCAAACAUUUUUGGGAGAAUUCUUGUGUGAAUAUUCUGGUAACUUAAGCCUAUAUAACUAGCCUAUAUAAGAAUCUCCCUUAAAAGAACACUAUUUACAUUAUGUUGACAUAUCACAAAAACAUCGUUGUGAGCCUGAAAGUUCAUUCUCAACAUGGAAAUUUAGUCCCACACACAAAGAUAAAGGUCCACUUAUAUAGUCCAUGAAAUUUUGGUGAAAGCCCUGGACAAGUAAUAAGUUUACUUUAAGUUGGUCAUUUUUUUGCUUUUUUAAAGCCAUAUUUUCUUCAGGGCCACCAACAAAAUUUUUAAAUUAUGUGCACAAGAUAAGGAGUAUAUUACCUUCCAGGACUUCAGAGACUGUCUUUUUCAAUAGAUGGCCCUACAAAUUGCUUAGUGGUCCUUUAACUGAUGCCUUGUGUAUAAAAAUGUGUUUUGUGACCCUGGUCAGAUUUCAGCAGGUGACCCUCAGACAGCGUGGAGAGCAGUCAUUGCUGUAUCCACACAGAUGGAAAUACACUGUUCAGUCAUGAAACACUUGAAUUCAUGUCCUCUGAGUUGCCUUUUCUUCUGUAUUACAUGUGUUUUAAUCUUCACUGAGCAUCAAAAGGCUUUUGCAAACCACUAUCACGCCUCAAACUGCUUUUAUGAAACUGCUGAUGAAUGAAUUGGCCCCAGUGGGGAUUUUUUUCCUUUUGUCAGGGUGUCAGUAACCCAGUACUUUAAAUAUACUCGGUCAGGCAGACAAUAUAUUAUUUUAUUGGAUUUGGUUUUAUUUUGUUUAGUUUAGAGUUUGCAGUUCAUGAAAUAUGUAAACAUAGAUACAUCUUUGCACUGAGGCAUCUACAGUAGCUAAGUACAAUAAACUGUUUUCCUUAUUAGGUCUAUGA